AACGAAGACACAAUGACUACGGUUCAGAAAAUCAAAGAAAUCGAAGAUGAAAUGGCCAAAACCCAAAAAAACAAGGCCACCAGCUAUCAUCUCGGGCAGCUGAAAGCCAAGCUUGCGAAGCUUAGGCGGGAAUUGAUAGCACCAUCGUCCGGAAGUGGUGGUGGAGGUGGCGGAGUUGGUUUCGACGUUGCAAGAACAGGAGUAGCAUCCGUUGGAUUUGUCGGAUUUCCAUCUGUGGGGAAGUCGACAUUAAUGUCAAAAUUGACCGGUACACACUCCGAGGUAUCGGAAAUCGACUUCACCACUCUGACCACUGUUCCUGGAACUCUGAAAGUCCACGGAGCCCCCAUUCAAAUUCUUGACUUGCCGGGUAUCAUAGAAGGAGCCAAUGACGGUCGAGGUCGAGGUCGACAAGUCAUCGCCGUUGCACGUACAUGCAACCUCAUCUUCAUCGUUUUGGACGUUCUUAAACCUUUGGGCGACAAGAAAAUCAUUGAAACUGAACUGGAAGGUUUCGGCAUUCGAUUGAACAAGCGACCGCCAGCUGUACUUGUUCGUAAAAAAGAGCGCGGUGGUAUUGCUAUCACGAAUACUGUUCCUUUAACAAAAAUCGAUCAUGACGAAAUUAAAGCCGUCCUGAGCGAGUAUAAAAUUAACAAUGCGGAUGUUGCUAUUCGGGAACCCAAUGCAACUGCAGACGACCUGGUGGAUGUGAUAGAAGGAAACCGUGUUUACAUACCUGCUCUUUAUAUUCUUAACAAGAUCGACGCGAUAUCGAUAGAAGAGAUUGAUCUACUGUACAAGAUUCCGAAUUCUGUCCCAGUAUCGUCAAAAGAGUGGUUGAACAUUGACGAGCUGAUAGAUUCAAUGUGGAAAGCGCUGGACCUUGUACGGAUCUACACUAAACCACGAGGAUUGGCUCCGGACUAUAGUACUCCGGUUGUACUACGGCACGGAAAAUGUACAGUUGGCGACUUUUGUAAUGCUAUUCACAAGGAAAUCGCCAAGCAAAUGAAAUAUGCCGUCGUUUGGGGAUCAAGUGCGAAGCAUUCCAGAGGACAAAAAGUCGGUCUUGACCAUGUUUUAGAAGAUGAAGAUGUGGUUCACAUCUCUAAGAAAUGAAAGACUGUCUUGAGAGGGGGGCGUGCUACUAUGUUGUACCUUUUAUACUCCAAUACAUAUUCACUUUGAACAUAGGAGCUCGCUCUCCAGUUAUUAGAAGGGAAAACCGACACGGUCCCAUUGAGGAACAGCCAGGGCCCAUUAGAUGUGAUUGCAUACAAUAGUGAAGUUAAUCAAG